AUGAGUGAAAAAGGAAAUAGUGAUUUUGAGGAUUUCUCCUCAGACGAGGAAAAUGACCAACAUAACGUCUUGAUUCAGACCAAGAAGAAAAUUUCUAGUAAGGAUGAUGUUUUUAGUAAAAAGGUAGAAGAUGUUGAAAGUGAAAACGAAUCAGAGAUAGAAAAGGAGCAAGGACAAGAAGAAACAGAGGGACUGGAGCAAACAGAGCAACAGAACAAAAACAAGCUCGAGCGAGAGGUAGAAGAGCAAUCUUCGUCCACCUCUGCACUGGACUUAAAAACAGAAAAAUUAAGACAACUGGUAAAAUCAAAGGCCGCUAAGAAGUCCAAGCAUAAGACUGGGGUAGUGUACUUCUCUAGUAUUCCACCUUACAUGAAGCCUGCCAAAAUGAGACAAAUACUAGCUCGUUUUGGUGAGGUCGAUAGACUAUUUCUAAAGAAAGAAGACGAUCAAAAGUACAAGCAAAGAGUUAAAGGUGGGGGGAACAAGAAAAACAAGUACGAAGAAGGUUGGGCUGAGUUUAUUAGGAAAAGAGACGGCAAGUUAUGUGCGGAGACGUUGAACGGGAACAUUAUCGGUGGCAAGAAAGGCACUUUCUACCAUGAUGAUAUCCUGAAUGUAAAGUACCUUCCAGGUUUCAAAUGGGCAGAUUUGACUGAACAGAUUGCCCGUGAAAAUGAUAUCAGACAAGCUAAGUUGGAGAUGGAAAUCUCACAGGCCAAUAAACUGAACGCGGAAUUCAUAAGAAACGUGGAGCAGAGUAAGAUGAUACAGAACAUUAAGAACUCUAGGAAGCGCGCUGGGAAAGAAGAAGAGCCUGCCGUUUCUCACCCUCGCAGGGAAUUCAAGCAACGUCGUGUGGAAACCAGCCGUGCAAAUGCGCCCUCUGACAUUAAACAGCAAUCUUCCAAAUCCAAGAACUUGGGUAGUGUCCUCAACAACUUACUAUAA